UAUUCUUGGCUUUUUUGUGUAUAUACAGAGCACAAAGUAAUCAUAGUGGGACUUGAUAAUGCUGGAAAGACUACUAUUCUUUACCAAUUCUUAAUGAAUGAAGUGGUUCAUACUUCUCCAACCAUAGGAAGCAAUGUAGAAGAAAUAGUGGUGAAAAACACUCAUUUCUUAAUGUGGGAUAUUGGAGGACAAGAAUCGUUACGGUCAUCGUGGAAUACCUAUUAUUCAAACACGGAGUUCAUCAUUCUGGUUGUUGACAGCAUUGAUAGAGAGCGACUUUCUAUUACAAAAGAGGAGCUUUAUAGAAUGCUGGCUCAUGAGGAUUUACGGAAGGCUGCGGUUCUCAUCUUUGCAAAUAAGCAGGACAUGAAAGGUUGCAUGACAGCUGCUGAGAUAUCCACAUACCUCACGCUUAGUUCCAUAAAGGAUCACCCGUGGCACAUUCAGUCCUGUUGUGCUUUGACAGGAGAAGGGUUAUGCCAAGGCUUGGAGUGGAUGACAUCCCGUAUUGGAGUGAGAUAGCCGCCUUUUGCCUUUUUUUUUUUUUUUUCUUUUUUCCUCAAGAGAAGAGACUUCUAUUUAUCCUGUGAACACGUACAUUUUUUUCUGUACUUCUAGCUGCUGAGGCAGUGACCAUGUUUAAUUUAUAUCAGUCAACCCUCAGGCUGUACUUGAAUCAAGUGCACUUGAACUGAAACACUAAAGUAUUUUCUUACCUUUUUUUAAUACACUAAUCUUCGACUGGAUGAACAUACGUGAAUCAGUUUUUAAGCAUUGAAAUUCCUCUAAAUAUGUAUUCUAGCUUUUUCGAUUAUAGCUUUUUAAAAUCUGUUUUAUCAUUGUCAAUAUUUCAUAGUUCCUCUUUCUAGAUAGUUUAUAUAACUUACUAACAUAAAUGAGCACAGUUUGUUUAAUAAUGAAAAAAUAGCGAGUAGGUUGACUUCGCUCUGGCAUAGCUUUAGCCUCCAAGGAUAACCAUAUCUCCAGCUGGGCUUCCUGGAACAUCAUUAGUUCUAGCCAGCACAGGAGUUAAUAGUUAUGAAUGCAAAUUUUUAAAUGCUGAAUGAGUUAGUUUUAGUCAAUAU